CGCGCGAGCCGGGAAGCGAGGAGGGAGCGCGCUAGUGAAGCCGAGCCGAGCCGAGCCGAGUCGAGCCGGAAGGUGCCUGGGAGAGGCUGGCAGACCCCAGCCGGCCGCCUGCGGCUCAGCGCCUAUCGUGCCGCGUCGCCUGGCUCCGCGUACCCCUGCUUCUGCCCAGGCUCCCGCAAAACUUUUGUUAUCUGGGGCCCCAGGGGGUGUGUGAAGGAAUUGGAGCGUUCGGCCAUCUCCGCGCUCCCCAGCGGCGGCGACCGAGGGGACGUGCAUCCCUCGUCUCCCGGGCUCUGGAGCCCUGCGCCUCACCUGCUGCUCGUUCCCCGGAGUCUUGAGGGGACACUCCCGGAGGGGCCGCGCGGGCGCAGUCUCCCCUGAACUCUCCCGCUCAACGCGGCAGACUCGCCCGGCGCAACUUCAACUUGAUUCCUCUUGCCCAACCGGGGCACCCGCGGCUGCUGCUGCGGCGUUGCCGCGGCCUCACAAAGAGGCUCAGGGAGGGGAAGAGGCGCGGGCGGCGGGGACGGGCCUCCGGGCCGCUGAGGCAGGGAGACAAAAGGGAAGCUGCUUCUGCUCGCGCUGCCGGCUCAGAGCCGCCGGCUCUGCUGCCUCCGACCGGGCUACGAGAGCCUCCUCCCCCACCCUCGGGCACUGCUCCGCCUCCCUCCUGGCGGGCUGUCCCCGCGGUACUCCCGGACCCGGCGAGCCUUCAAGGCGCGCGUCGCUGCUGGUGGUUGAGGCUCUAGCGAUAAUAAAUGAUAGAGGAUACAAUGACUUUGCUGUCUCUGCUGGGUCGCAUCAUGCGCUAUUUCUUGCUGAGACCCGAGACGCUUUUCCUGCUGUGCAUCAGUUUGGCGCUGUGGAGUUACUUCUUCCACACUGACGAGGUGAAGACCAUCGUGAAAUCUAGCCGGGACGCCGUGAAGAUGGUGAAGGGCAAGGUAGCCGAGAUCAUGCAAAACGAUCGACUCGGGGGGCUUGAUGUGCUGGAGGCCGAGUUUUCCAAGACCUGGGAGUUCAAGAGCCACAACGUGGCGGUGUACUCCAUCCAGGGCCGGAGAGACCACAUGGAGGACCGCUUCGAAGUUCUCACGGAUCUGGCCAACAAGACGCACCCGUCCAUCUUCGGGAUAUUCGACGGGCACGGGGGAGAGACUGCAGCUGAAUAUGUAAAAUCUCGACUCCCAGAGGCCCUUAAACAGCAUCUUCAGGACUAUGAAAAAGACAAAGAAAAUAGUGUAUUGUCUUACCAGACCAUCCUUGAACAGCAGAUUUUGUCAAUUGACCGAGAAAUGCUAGAAAAAUUAACUGUAUCCUAUGAUGAAGCAGGCACAACAUGUUUGAUUGCUCUGCUGUCAGAUAAAGACCUCACAGUGGCCAACGUGGGUGACUCACGCGGGGUCCUGUGUGACAAAGAUGGGAAUGCUAUUCCUUUGUCUCAUGAUCACAAGCCUUACCAAUUGAAGGAACGAAAAAGGAUAAAGAGAGCAGGUGGUUUCAUCAGUUUCAAUGGCUCUUGGAGGGUCCAGGGAAUCCUGGCCAUGUCUCGGUCCCUGGGGGAUUAUCCGCUGAAAAAUCUCAAUGUGGUCAUCCCAGACCCAGACAUCCUGACCUUUGACCUGGACAAGCUUCAGCCUGAGUUCAUGAUCUUGGCAUCAGAUGGCCUCUGGGAUGCUUUCAGCAAUGAAGAAGCAGUUCGAUUCAUCAAGGAGCGCUUGGAUGAACCUCACUUUGGGGCCAAGAGCAUAGUUUUACAGUCAUUUUACAGAGGCUGCCCUGACAAUAUAACAGUCAUGGUGGUGAAGUUCAGGAAUAGCAGCAAAACGGAAGAGCAGUGAACCCUUCAGGGGUCUCAGCUGCCUUAGACUAAAGGACUUUCAACACACUGGUCUCUUAAUUUAGUGAAAAGUGUGGGAGUUGUAAUUAGGAUCAUCCAUCCCAGACAUGGGAUCCCCCCUCCCUGGUGGUCUUAGGUCUAUAAUCAGUGAUGAACUGAGGGUGCCCUUGGCCAAUGUAGUUAAGAAGCUGGAAAAUGGUUUCUUUAUGUUUUCCCAACUCUUUCAUUCAGUGUCCAAAACAUAUAAAUAAAUAACUGUAGAUUCAUGUAUAUGAAAUGAAUAGCAUCUGUGCCAUUUGGUCUCCCUCAGGAUUCUUUUCAAGAUCCUGUUCAGGGUCCUCCAGGCAUCAGCUGUUAUGUCCUCUCUUUGCAACAGUAGACAGGACAGGCCUCCCAGUGCUGCAGGAGACAGGCCACUGUGUCACCUGUGAGUGGUCAGGAGCUGACGUGACAAUGCCCUCUGCCAAGAGACAGAGCUGUCCUAAGAAUACUUUGUCCUUCUGAGCCCAUGUUUUCUGCUCAGAGGCAGCUUGGAAGCAGAUUUGGAAUGGCUUUUAUUUUGGCUGCUCUUGGAGACUGAGAGAAGCAGAAAGGAUGGGAGACCAGUGGCAGCUGCCUGCACAGCAGAAAUGACCCUUUUCCCUUGCUUCCUUUAUUAGUUAAACAGACUUUAUAUACCACCUGACCAGGCUUUGUGCAUUUAUCCUAAUCAUGCAUGAUCGAAAUCUUUUGCUUAGUCUUUACCGUAUGUAAAAGGCAGCUGUUAAAUUCACCAAAAGACACCAUGAUUUUUCAUCUUACAUGACCAAGAAACCAUGUUAGGGGAAAUGACAAAAGCAAGCCAAAAUGUUUCCUUCCAUUUUCAAUGGCAGAUGAAGGAAACGAUACUGAAUGAGUCACAGUCUUCCCUGGCAGGUAAGCUGUUUGUAUUGAGGUAGGAGUGUUCACUGAGCUCCAGCUGUCACUUUUGUGUGUUUUUCCUUGCCCCUUUCCUAGUGCAAAGUGUGUUUCAGGCAGUGUUCUGAGAAGCAGCAGCCUAGAAGCACACACAGCAUGUGUGUUCCUUGAAGUCAGGUACAGAGUUCACAGCUACUGCAGCUUGGAAUUUGGUGGGAAACUACUUGGACGGGCUUCUCCUUGACAAUGGAAAGGCAGCAGCCUUUAUCAUUUGGUUGCAAAUAUCCAUCCACAUCAAGUAGCUUUCCCCAGGCAAACACAAACCGCCCUUUGUGGCCUGCAGGGAAGGCAACAGAGGGACCCGGCAAUGGCAACACAGCAAGUCGAGAAUUCAAGCAUGAACCCGUAUUGACAAGUGGGCCAGUAUUAUUUUGGGGCCUGGCUUGCUGCUCUCCAUUUCCUGUAUCACUAAUGUAUCAUUUCUCCAAACACUGGAUUUUAUAAGUUAAUUUAGAGAAAAUUAAUUUAUAAAAUACUUCCCAAGACCUGCAUUUAUUUUAUAUGACUCUCUUUGCCUGACUGCAUGACUCAAACAAUCAAACAAAACUUUCGUUGCCUCCCACCCCUCUGUAUCCACCUGGUUUUGUUCUUUCCCUGUGUGCAUUUGUGGUUACAGCUUCCUAUAGUCCUCAUUCACCCGCCACCUCCUCCCCAUGGAGGCCUGCCCUCCCCACUCCUGCUGUUGUAGAGCUUUUCCAAAGCAGUGUCCAGGAGAGAACUUAGAGUGAAGAGAUUCCCUUGUGGUUGCAGAGGGCUGCAAUCUGUCUUGAUUCUUCCAAGCACUUACUGUUCUUUGACUGCACCGAGAAUUACUAAUGGUUUCCCAUGAGAUUUGCUUACUUUUGUAUACUGUAUGUCCCAGUGUUACAGUUAGAACCUUGGUUAUUGUUUUUUAGCCAUAGAAUCUUCUAGUACAAAAUAUCUACCAUUUGAGAUUUAAGCAUUUGCCUAUGGAAAGACACUGAAUAUGUGGCUGCGUGUAUCAAUAUUUGGGGUGGGGAAGGGGAAGGGAAUGUGGAAAACAAAUGCUGGCUGUGAGCAGUGCUGAGACGGCCAGGCCAGGCGGCUGAGUUUGCUUGGAGAUUCAGGACGUUCUGAUGCCUGAGAGUUGUCCCCACUCACCAUCGAACUGAAAUCAGUAUAAAUGGUGUCAGCACUUUACAGCCCAUGGCCAACUUUCUUUAUUUUUAAUGUAGCACAAAAGUGUAUAAUAGCAAGGAAAAGACAUUUUUUAAUUCCAGUUAUUCUUAUUGUCUAAAAUGAAAGCAGCAGUGUUUUGAUAAAGAUGAAAAAGAAAAGCUACUAAAUUAGUAAAUCAGUGUUUAUGGGUCCUGCAAAAUUUCUUAAUAGAUGGUGCUGGGUGCACGAAUUACAAACUUUCUAACAGAGGUUCACAAGGCAUCUUCUAAAUUUUGCUUUGUACAAUUAUUUCAUUUCUGACGUUAAUCAAAUCGAGUGUAUAUAUCCUACUCCCUUUACUGCCUCUUUCCCCCCUACUGUGGCUUGUAGAUUUUCAAAAGAUACAAGUUCUAGGCAAAACUGUAACAGUUACAUUAAUAGUUAUGAUAGUUGUAUCUAAAAUCAGAAUAUUUUGUUCCCUUCCUCCUGGACCUCUCUCCCCCUAGCCCUUUUCCAGCUGUUGGGGAUUUGUAGAUAUCACUCCUGGGGUGCCCUGUGGCACACUGGCUGCUCCCCAGGGACCCAGGAAUGCUGAAUUUAGCCAUUAGGGAAAUUGAUUUGAGAUGUUUGCAUGUGAAGCUUCCCUAAGCUGCACUGCCAAAGCUUUGGAAUUGUCACCCAAGGCUUCCUAGACUCCCUAGCUAGCUCGAGUUCAAAUUGCCAAUAGUCCCUUUGGUGCCAAAUUUUGGGAUGGUAUUACAGUCUUUUAGAAGUUAAGAUGGGAAUGAACAUGUGCUUAUGGGACCCCAGCAGAAUGCCAAGCCCAGGUCUCCACUAAUGCAGUGCUCUGCUGCAGCUCCACUGGCAAUUUGUACUCUUAACAUGGGUUGUGGGAGGGGCAGCUAGGGAAAAAAUUUUUUAAUUAAUUGUAUUUGCAAUUCUUUCAUCAUAGGAAUAAACAAUACUUACAUAGAAAGCUCCAAAA